AAUAAUGAAACCUAAAAAUUCAAAAAGAAUAAAACGUAAAAGACUAAAACAUAUAUGAGGUUUGUUACCUUGAAAAUUUACUAGAGCAGCUGGUGGAUAUAGGGAUGGAAACACAAUGUAAAUUGAUUAGUAGAUUGAUUUGUCUAAUGCUAAUGUUUCUCGUUUCAACAGGUAAUACGAGAAAACCUUUUCAACAAUGAAACAUGUGAAAAUUGAUUUGCGCAACAAAAUGAGCGAUGAAUUUCUAGUCGAUUGCUCAAGUAUUUUAUUUGAAACAGUGUAUACUAUUGGUAUGGAUGUGGACUCCUUUAUUAAUGCAUUUUGGGGGGAUGAUAAGAAGAUAUUGGAACAUUAAUUUAGAAGAGAUGCUCGGAGCGGGAGUUCAUUUUGGUCAUGGUACCAGAAAAUGGAGCUAAAUUAAAAUACCGUCGUGUACAAUUUACAUUGUAAAAAAAGUAUAAUCAUAAUAUUUUUUAUUAAUUAAUUUUCUAAUAAAAUGCGGCCCAAUGCACUUUUGUGUUCUAGAUCCGCCGCCGUAUACAUAUAUAUGCUUAUGCUUAUGUAUUACAUAUAACGACGAGGAUGAUGAUAAUAAUGAUAGUAGGUGUUGUCGAAAUAGAUUUGAAAGCCAUAUGAAUUUUAAAUGAAAUAUUAUAUUGGUGGGAGAUUUUUGGCAAAUGUGUAUUUAGAUUGUUUUUCCCCACUAAAGGAUGUAAUCAUUGGAGUUAAUUACCCAGUGUUGCGAAAGAAGGAGUGUGAGUGUGUGACAUCGAUCGGUCGGUCGAGUGAGUAUGUAGUUAGGUUGGCCGGCUUGAGAAUAUAAUAUUUUGAAGAAGUUUUGAAUUAAUUGUCUAAUAUUUGUUUCUCAAACAUAAACGAAAAAUAAUAAACGAUAAUUAAUAAUGAAAUAUAUAUCUCUUAUCAUAUUAGUAUGUCGUAUGCGAUUAAUUAAGAGAAUUAGAGCAUCCACAUUGGUAUUGCAUUCUCAAUUGCAAGAUGAUAUGACAUGUGUGUUUGCAACCGCAAAACCAAUUGCGUUGAUGUGGUUACCAAUUGCAUAUUUACAAGCUUGCAACAAAUGGCUCAAAAAUGGGAAAAUUUUACUUUAUAUUUUUUUUUCUCUUUUACUUUAUAUUAUUUAAUUUAAAGAUAAUAUUAAAUUACAUAUGCAAUUGCAUUGAUGUAGGUGAAUGAAAGUAAUGUGAGCUGGAUUGCAAAAAUUGAGUUGGCAAUAAAUAGUACAAAUACAAUUGCUUUUGCAAUUAGAUUGAUGUGGAUGCUCUAAGUAGCAACACUCUUAGACCCUCAUAGAGAAAAAAUACGAGAAAUAUUCUUCAACGAGCUCCAAUUUUUUAACGUAUCGAGCGUCAUGGAAAGUAAUUUUUGAGCAUGAAGGCGAUCGAGCUGAUAUGCAUAGUAUGAAAUAAUAUCGCGAGCGUAUUAAAGUGAGCGACCUAAUCCACGGGUAAACAAAUUUCGAUAACCAUAUUGGGGUUUCCUAAAGUAGGUGGCCAUGUGUUUUAAAUGUGUGGGGUUCCUAAAGUAGGUGGAUAUGUUUCUAUAAUUGCUUGCGAUGAAUCAUUUGGAUGCACAUAUAUGUAUGAAAUUAUGAGCCGAGUUUAUAAGACAGCCGGACGGCAGAAUGGCUGAUGGGUGACAGUGAUGGCAAUGAGUGGGGCGCGCAAUAAUCAUAAACGUCCUGCUCUGAAGGCGAGACAUGUUGAGUACUGCCCAUAUUGUUAUAGUGGUAUGGAUUGUGACACAUCGAAACAUUCUCACAUAUUAGUAAGUAAAAUAAAAUAAAGAAAAUUUAUUUUAUAAUAAAACAAAGAAAAUUUAUUUUAUAUACAUAAAAUAAGAAUAGUAGAAAGGGUAAUUGAGUGAGUCUAAUUAGGUGUAAGAUGAAGUCUUGCACUUAUUCCAAGUUUCAUUCGGUAAAAAAUAUGAUUGUAGAAAAGUUACAAUCAGAGAAAUACAAAUGGACAUUGAAGAAAAUUGAGGGGAAAAUGUGCGUAUAAUCUCCGAGAGAAUCUAUGUAUAACACGGAGGGGGAAAGAACAGAAAGGCGCAUAACUACCAGCUAAUCGUUUGUUGACUAGUCAAAAACUAUUACUAGUAUUUUAUUUUCCUUAAUCAAGUCAUAUAUAUACAUUUGAUCUCAUAAUUCUUAAAAAUAUACAUAAAAAUGCAUUAAUUAUGAUUUACAUGAUAAUAUAUAUUUUGCUAUAUUUUGGGGAAAAUAUCGAAUCUUCAAAACAUGUGUUUGCUACUAUCAUAUUGCCAUAGUAAAAUUGUAACAUUUAUGGUAAAAUCAUGAAUAUUAUAUCAAUAUAGCGGUAAUAUAAUGAUAUGACAAUGAUAUGAACAUCAUAUCAACAUGAAGAUCUAUACUGUGAUAUCCAUUUUGUUAUAUUUUGACAAAUAUAAGACCUCACCAACAUCAUGUCACUAUCAUAUCAUGAUAUUAUCACUAUAUCAUAUGGUCAAACUUAAGACACCAUACCAACAUCAUAUCACUAUCAUAUCAAAACAAUAAUACUAUGAUUAGUAUGAUAUCAUAACACUGUUAGUGAUGAUAUCGUGAUAUGACAGUAAUAUAAUGACCUGAAAAAAGAUUAAUAAUAUCAAAGGAUUGCAUUAUUAUUUUGGUGAAUAUUAUUAAUUUUAAACUAUUGUUAAACAGUGGAAAUUAAAAAGAUUAAUUUUAUUUAUAAUUAAUUUUUAUUUGUCACGUCACACAUUUAACAGUCAACUAUCAAAGUUGAUUGUCACAUUAGCAAAAGAUAAAGAAGAUUAAUGAAAAUUGACCAAACUUAAACUGUUGAACUAAUUUUAAUGACCAUAAAUGGAAUAAACUAAUAAGAAACUAAUAAGAAAUGUGAAACUUUUUAUUAGUUUCAGUCCAAUCUUGCAAUUUACCCAUUGUUUUAUUUUUAACAGCCCUUCCACCGAUCGAAAUUCGAAACCCUCAGCCGCUGCUCCAAGAUUUCAGGGUUAAACCCUAUCAUACCCUCCCUCCAAGGCUCCAACUCGCUCUUGGCCUUUUGGAAACGAGGACAUGCCAGUUGAAUCGAACACCACUGAGCCUCAAUUCCGGCCAUUGCCGACAGCCAGAGAUAAGAUGAGCUCAUCACUCGAAACCGAGACUCUGGUGGAAGCAGCCCUCAGAAUCCUUAACACACCAGACCCGUUUGAAAAGGCGCGAUUAGGCGAUUGGGCUGCUUCUCAAUGGCUCCAGGGCUCCAUCUCUCUUGCUUACGACCCUGAUCUCCACUUCUCAGUGCCAGAACGCCCAGCCCGGCUCCCCGACGUUAAGUUGGUGGCACCCGGUUUGAUGCCGAAGCUUGGUAAAGCUGGUAGCUUGCAGAGUAGACAGGCUAUUGUCCAUAGCCUUGCUCACAUCGAGAGCUGGGCUAUCGAUCUCUCUUGGGAUAUAAUUGCGCGUUUCGGUAAGCAAGAGGCAAUGCCAAGAGAAUUCUUCACAGAUUUUGUGAAGGUAGCUCAGGAUGAGGGAAGGCACUUCACCCUCCUAGCCAAACGUCUAGAGGAAUUGGGUUCUUCUUAUGGUGCAUUACCUGCACAUGAUGGGCUUUGGGACUCUGCUAUGGCUACAUCCAAGAGUCUGCUGACACGGUUAGCAGUAGAGCAUUGUGUGCAUGAGGCCAGGGGACUGGAUGUUCUGCCAACAACCAUCUCUCGAUUCCGGAGUGGAGGUGACAAUGACACUGCAAAUCUACUGGAGACGGUCAUUUACCCAGAAGAGAUCACUCAUUGCGCUGCUGGAGUAAAAUGGUUUAGGUUCCUGUGCUUAAGGUCUGCAACUCCAGCUUUACUUGUUUCUCAACAAGCGGGAGGGAGACAGCCUGAGCCCGCCAGGGGGGAGGAUGAAGAGAUGGUGAUUCAGAAGUUCCAUUCUGUUGUCAGAAGUCACUUCAGGGGGCCUCUCAAGCCACCGUUUAAUGCUGAAGCAAGGAAAGCUGCUGGCUUUGGCCCUCAAUGGUAUGAACCACUUGCCAUCAAAGAUGUUGCCACAGAAUCCCAAUAGCCCCACAGAUGGGAAAUUCCCCCCUUUUUUCGGUGUCCGCCUAAGACUUUGUAGCUCGCCGGAUUUUGAAGAUGCAGAUGCCCUCAAUCCAGGAUUCCUAAAGUGAAGGAUUUCGAAAUGAUAGACUGUCUCAAAGUCUCCCCAAAGUCGUGUUCUGCAGCUUUUUAAUCCUUUGUACCUAUGUCUAUUGCAUUUUGUUUGGAAUGCCAAUUUGAAUAUUUUAAUUUUAGUGCAUGGGCUGCUUACCCUACUUGUUUGCCACUUGAUAUAAGCAUGUUCCAUUAAACCGUACCGGCGGUUCAACCAUAAAAUACCAGUACUGUAGGCUAAACCGAUAGGCGGUAUUUAACUGUACUAACAGUUAAACUACGGUUAAACCACGAUUUUGCCAUAAAAUACCCUACCGCUUACUUUUUCAGUACGGUCUCCGGUACGGUUUCAUGGACCAUAGAUAUAAGUACUUUCAUAGUUGUUUAUCUUCUUUUAAAAGAAUCCUGUUUUCAAUCUUUCAAAUAAGGAAACUUAUUAGCGACCCUCUUGGGAAGCCAAGGCCACCGCGCAGGAGCAGAGACUAUUUCGAUUCCCAUUGCACCUUGAAAUGAGCAAGAGUAUUCCCCAUGUCUUAACAUCUCCUUUCUAAGUAGAGGAAAUAGACAGUCAUCUCGAGCAUCUCCUUUCUAAGCAGGGGAAAGAGACAUAUUCAUCUCUCGAGGACUUAAAAAUCAAGUAUCUAAAUGGAAUGAGGAAAGGUUUCAGCAACAUUGUCACCCCUUAAUGGGAAUGGCGAAAACAAUAGAAUUAUUGGUUUUGCUUCUUACCGAAAAGGUUAUCAAAGAUAGAGAGGUGUUUUGGUGACUUAGCUAGGUUAAUAGACAAUUCUUGGUAUGACACUAUGACUUUUUAGUUGCGAUCAAUCUUUAAACCAUUAACGACUCAAAUAUGUUGUCAAUUCGGUUUAGCCCGCUAGUCCUGUCAAGCAAGCUAGUUGAGAGUUAAUGCUCAUAUUGCUUUAGAUCGCUUUAACAAUAUAUGUGAUAAAGUCAUUUUAUCAUA